AAAACGGAGGAAUUUAAGUUUUUAUUUGCCACCUAAAACUUCAACCACGUAAAUUAUAGUUCGACCAAAAAGAUAAAAACUAAAGAGAAAAUUUUAAAGAGAUUAAAAUCUCUUUGCAUCAACCAUGCAAAAAUUGCACUUAGAAAAACCUGAGAUAUGUAAUCUUACUUGCAACUCCGCACAUUCUGCCCACAAAAAGUGCAACCCACAAGGUAAUCGAUGUGUGCCUGGAGAUCAACUAAGUUUGUGCGGUGAAACAGUAAAUGAUUGCCAUGCAGAAAUAAUUGCUAGGAGAGGUUUCUUAAGAUAUUUAUAUAAACAGAUAUUUGAUUUUCAAAAUGAUUUGAAUAAAACUAAAACAAUAUUUGAAGUUGGUGAGUACAACAGAUUAAAACUGAAACACGGCAUUGGUAUCCACUUAUAUAUCAGUACAACACCAUGUGGGGAUGGUUCAAUAUUUGCUACAAGUGAUGUUUCAGUGGAAACCAAUCAAUCAAAUUAUGUUAAACAUUACCCAAUUAUGGAAAACAGAAAACAAGGAAUCUUAAGAACAAAAGUUGAAAAAGGGGAAGGAUGUAUUCCUACUUCCGAUAAUAUUGUAACAUGGGAUGGUUUGGUUAGGGGUGAAAGAUUAAGAAUAAUGUCUUGCUGUGAUAAAAUAGCAAAAUGGAACUUUGCAGGCUUACAAGGCGCUCUGUUAAAUACUUUUAUUGAACCAAUUUACCUGGAGACAAUAACAAUUGGCCGCCACUUCCACCAUGGUCAUUUGACACGAGCACUGUGUUGCAGAGUUGACAAAGCCUUGCGUUGUUAUAAUGGAACAAAGAUUCCUAUCAAGUUUAAAGUGAAUCAUCCUAUGAUUGGAAAAGUCAGUGGAAAAGAGCUUCAUAGGCAAACAGGGAAACUGAAAACUCGUGAAUUUAGUUUGAAUUGGUCUAUUGGUGAUGAACAAUUUGAAGUUAUUGAUGGAAGUAAUGGCAGGUGUCAAUCUUCAGUGUCAAGACUUAGCAAGUGUGCAUUAUAUGCAAUGUUUAAACAGGUAACACAUCAAAAAACAUAACUACUGUACAAUAAACAGGUUUAUUUAUCCAAAGACAAGGAAAAAUUUAUAUGUUUCUACAGCUCAGUAGUGUGAAAUACUUUAACUACAGAGAAGCAAAACAAAGUUGUUCAGAUUAUCAAAAAGUAAAACGAAUAAUGUUUGAAGCUUUACAGCAAGCUGGAUUUGGUAAAUGGUCGAAUAAACCUCCUGAAGAAUCACAAUUUUCAUGAUUCAUAACUUUUGUUGUUACCACUAUACUGUUUAAGUUAUACUACUCAAUUUAGUUAAGUUGGACAAAAAAAUUUUUAUAAAUACAUAAAUGAAUAAAAUGAUUUUUUUCAUAAUAUAUGAUGAAAGCGUAGACUUUGGUGAGAUGCAAACUUGAGUAGUUAAUCAAAGUAUUUAGACAGAAAAUUAGGUAUGUGCAAGGUGGUGUGGGAAGUUUAACAUAGCAUCAUUUUUAAACACCAAUAUUGUUGCAUGGAGUACUGAACCUACUAUGAGUCUGACACUUGAUGGUUCUACCAUUGUGGGCAUAUGUGAAAAAAUAUUUUUUAUUCAUUUAUACUACGUAAUUGCUGAAUCUGCUCACUACAGUAAAUUUCUUAAAUGCCUUGGUUAUUGGUUAGUCAUUAAACUUCUCACCAAGGUCACACAAGUUACAAAAAAACAAUGCAACCAGUAUUUCAACUAUUUAUUACAACUUUAGAUAAGGUGUAGCAGUGUAAUGCAGCAUUAACUUACAUGAGAUACCGAGAUAAUAAUGUA